AUGGCUAUCGCACUAAAAAAUGUUGGUAGAAUAAAAAAACAUGGAAGAAAAAACCUAGUUUCAAAAAAUCCUUAUCUGAGGCUACUCGUCAAGUUAUAUCGAUUUCUUGCCAAAAGGACAAAUGCGAAUUUUAAUAAAAUAAUUGCCAAAAGACUUAUUAUGCCAAAGCGCUUUAGGCCCCCCUUGUCGCUUUCCAAAUUGCAUCGUCACAUGGCAAAUUAUCAAGACAGUGUAGCAGUUGUUGUUGGAUCAAUAACAGAUGAUAAGAGAUUAUUUGAUUGCAAAAAAUUAAAAGUAUGUGCACUCAGAUUUACAGAAUCAGCUAGAAAACGAAUUUUGGAUGCAGGAGGAGAAUGUUUAACCUUUGAUCAAUUAGCUUUGAAAUAUCCAACCGGACAGAAGUGUAUACUUUUAAGAGGUCCUACUAAAGCAAGAAGAGCUGAAAAACAUUUUGGCAAAGCACCAGGUAGACCCAAGUCAAAGGCCAGACCAUAUGUUCGUUCCAAGGGAAGGAAAUUUGAAAAAGCACGAGGAAGAAGAAAAUCUAGAGCUUACAAGAAAUGA